AUGGCUGAUGCCCAAGAAACAAAACUUAAAUAUCGUCGAGGAACCUGUUUUAGUUGUCGAAAAUGCUUGUACUGUGGAAUUGAUUUACAACAACAAAGAUGUAAUUGCAAUUUAUCGGAUGUGCCACAUAAAGAUAAUCGAACUGCUGCGGUCAAAUAUGCGUUUACACGGGUAUUUAAACCAAACUGGAUAAAAGAACAAGCGAAAAAGUCUAAAGCAAUAUUAGGUUCCACGGUUACAAAUGCCGAUAUUCUUUCAGGAUUUGAAUCAUAUGAUCUUACCAUUCCAGAUACUAAUGCUAUUGAA